AUCCCCAUCACAUCACCUCCAUCUCGAGCACUCGAAGUUGGAACUCGAGCUCAUCCAUGGCCAUCGCGACGACGACCUUACCACUCGCGCCACUCGCCCUCGCGCCGCCAUCCUCCCCGAUCUCCCAGUGCUCGCUCCUCCUGCUGCGCCCCCGCGCCCCGGCCGCCCUCUCGCUCCGCCCCUCCGCGCGCCUCCUCGUCGCCGUCGCGGCCAGUGAGCCCGAGCUCGGCGGAUCGGGAGGCGGAGGCGCAGGCGACGGCUCUGGGAGCGGCGGCGGCGGGGACAGCGAGAAGCCGCGGGGUGGUGGGGGCGACGAGGAGGGGGAAGGGGAGGAGGAGAAGAUGGGGCAGGGGCUCUCCAUGUCGCAGAAGAUCACCCUCGCCUACGCCGCUCUCGUCGGAGCCGGUGGAGCGAUGGGGUACAUGAAGAGUGGAAGCCAGAAAUCCUUAGCCGCAGGAGGCAUAUCAGCCCUGGUCCUGUACUUCGUCCACACUCAACUCCCAGUGAGACCUGUCUUUGCAUCAUCUAUUGGUUUAGGUAUAUCUGCUGCCCUCUUGUCGGUCAUGGGAUCUCGCUUCAAGAAGUCCGGGAAGAUAUUCCCAGCUGGUGUCGUUUCCCUCGUCUCCUUGGUCAUGGUCGGUGGUUACAUCCAUGGGAUCUUGCGCAGCACUCAUGCAUGACAAACUGACAGUAGCCGUGGCAAUCACUAUAUGCAACUCCCUACCUAAGCCUCAUGUUUCCCUUCCGUUUUUGUGUUUUAGAAUCUGCAGCAACUGUGUGACAUUCUCCUUCUUGAUCAUGUACCUGUGUUGUGGGCGUAGUUCACUCCUUUUCUGGUACAAUAUGGCCUAUGGUUAAGCAUGUGAGAUGCUAGAUGGAAAAAAUAAAAGGUUUGGUGAAUCUGUCUUGAAUUUUGAUUGAACA